CACCUUGCCGCCCGUCAUAUGCAUUCCUCCCACCACAACCAGCUAAACCCAAGACAUAUCACGACCCUCUCAUUCACAUACCACCCGCACUCGCCGGCCGUGUUGCCCGCUUGCAUCCGCCCAUCCUUCUUUGCUUCUAGCCCUCACCCCUCCUCCCCCAUUUAGGAACCCCCCGGGCCCUCUCUGCAAGCGCUCGGUUACCCGCUCCGAAGGCCGUUAUCGUCCACGGAUCCACGUCCAAGAAGCAUUAUUUACCUCUCCCCUCCUCCUGUUUCCGUUCGUCUCUGCAUUCCUCUCCUUCUUCAUCGCCAUUCCUCCUCUGAAGACGGACGACUGCUCUCCCUGUGUCCCUCUGCCGCUCAAUACGUCACACGCCGCCGGCCAGGAGACGAGAAACGUGUAAAAGCCUACACGCAUCCCGACAUUUCAUUCUUCAAGAGUCCUACGUUCCAGUAGAAUUCUCGUCGAGUGUAUCUGUCGCAUCGUAAGACUUGAAUCAAGUCGAGAGACAAUGGCCCUAACCAUGCAGAAAAGACCUCGCAACCCGGACGAUUUCCCUACCACGCAGCUGUUUCUUCUGGCCAUCGUCCGUCUCGCCGAGCCCAUCGCCCUCACCUCCAUCUUCCCUUAUGCCUGGCCACUCGUCAAGAGGUUCGAAAUCGGCAACGCUGAAGAUGCCUCCUUCUACGCCGGCCUUCUCAUCUCCUCCUUCUCUCUCGCCGAGGCCUUGAUGGGCAUGUACUGGGGUGGUCUGUCGGACCGCAUCGGAAGGAAACCCGUACUUCUCCUGGGAUGCAUCGGCACUAUGUUCAGCAUGGUCAUGGUUGGCUUCGCCUCCAACAUCUGGAUCGCCCUGGCCGGCAGGGCCAUCGGAGGCCUCCUCAACGGUAACAUCGGCGUCAUCCAGACCAUGGUUGGUGAAUUGGUCACCAAGCCUGAGCAUGAGCCCCGCGCCUUCUCCGUCAUGCCUUUCGUCUGGUCCAUUGGCACAAUCAUUGGUCCCUUUAUUGGCGGUACCUUUUCCGAUCCCCACGACGCGUUCCCCAGUCUGUUUCCUGUCGGUGGCCUCUUCUACCGCUAUCCUUACCUGCUGCCCAACCUCGUCUGUGCGGCUCUCCUGUUUGUCAGCAUCAUUCUGGGCUACUUCCUGCUGGAGGAGACCCACCCUGACAUGCAGCCCCGUGUCUCCCUCCCCGACGACACCUACGCCUCCGAGGAGACCCCUUUGCUCGAGACCUCGGACGCCAUGAAGAGACCCGUUGUCGACCUGAGAGAUGACAAUUAUGGCACUGUCCGCGGCCGCGGCGAGCGGGCCUCGGAGAAGAAGGUCGAUCAGCCCUACAACAUCUACACCAAGCCCAUCAUGUCCUUGAUUCUCGCCCUCUGCAUAUUUACCUAUCACUCAAUGACCUACGACCAUCUCCUCCCCAUCUUUUUCGAGGACGACCGCGCCAUCGCCAACCCCAUGUCCAUCCUCACCUCCUCGACGAGUCCCUUCUACACGCCGGGCGGCCUCGGAAUCUCGCUCCGUGCCGUCGGCAUGAUCAUGGCAGUUAACGGCGUCAUUGCGCUGUUCGUGCAGGCCGUCAUCUUCCCCUUCGCCGCCGAGAAGCUAGGUGUCUACCGCCUGUUUAUCAUCGUCACUGUGCUGCACCCCAUCGCCUACGUCAUGGUUCCGAGCCUGCUGCUCCUCCCAGAGUCGCUCUUGUAUGCCGGCAUCUACUUCUGUCUGGCCGUCCGCAACGUCCUCUCCAUCAUUCUCUACCCGCUGCUCCUGAUCCUGAUCAAGGAGGCGACCCCGACUCCAAAGGCCCUCGGCAAGGUCAACGGCCUGGCCGCCAGCGCCGCUGCCGGAUUCCGCAUGAUCGCCCCUCCUGUCGCCGGCUGGCUGUACACUUUUGGAAGCAAGAUGGACUGCACCGCGCUGGCAUGGUAUGGUAGUGCCGUCGUCGCCGUCAUCGGUGCCAUCCAGUGCUUCUCCGUCAAGCGCGAGCGCAAGUACGAGGUUUGCGAGGAGGAGGAGGCCCAGCCCUGUCUGCACAAGAAGGAGUCCCGGGUUACCAUCAUGGAGACUUUUUCGGACGACGAGUGAAUGCGUCAUGAAACGAGUGUCACGAACACAAGUCUGGAGGAGAAGUUGAAGUAGUGCGCACGAAGUACACCGCGAGAUGGAGUUUGCGGAGAGAAUUCACGACCCACCAAAAAAGCAACCAAUUCAUGAAAAGGGGUUAUAGACGGGGAGUUUGUGUUUGUUAGUUUCGGCCGAAACAGGAUGGCGUCACGGAUCUGAUUUUGGAGUCUGGAAUCUUGGACGGGGACCGGAUAGACUAGAGAUAUCCCCUGGUUGGCCUGCAAGCGAGCAUGGCUGGGCUGGAGGAGUCAUGGUUGCAUUAAUUAGGCGCUGGGAGCGAUUGCCACUUUGGUCAUUUUGACAUAGUUCAUUGCCUUAAUAGAAUCCAACUUGACAUGAUCAA